GGCUGGAGGCGUGGCCACGGACGGCGUUGGGGAGUGGCCACGGGGGCCGUGGCGCGCCGGGAAGGCGGAAGCGGGGCCGGGGGCCGGGACGGGCAUGGCCGGGGCCGGCUGGGCCCCGCCGCGCCUGGACGGCUUCAUCCUCACCGAGCGCCUGGGCGCCGGCACCUACGCCACCGUCUACAAGGCUUACAGGAAGAGGGACACACGCGAGGUGGUGGCCAUCAAGUGCGUGAGCAAGAGGAGCCUCAACCGGGCAUCGGUGGAGAACCUGCUGACCGAGAUCGAGAUCCUGAAGACCAUCCGCCACCCGCACAUCGUGGAGCUCAAGGACUUCGAGUGGGACAGUGAUCACAUCUACCUGAUAAUGGAGUUCUGCGCUGGGGGGGACCUCUCCCGCUUCAUCCGGAUGCGCAGGAUCCUUCCCGAGAAGGUGGCACGCAUCUUCCUGCAGCAGCUUGGUAAGGGGACCUUGCCCAGCUCCGUUGGACACCCUCCCUGGGGGUUUUUGGGGGCCAGGACUCUUGGCACUCAGGUUGCCACAUGCUCAGCCUGCGCCCUGAAGUUCCUCCACGACCACAACAUCUCCCACUUGGACCUCAAGCCACAGAACAUCCUCCUGAGUGACCCGGAGAACCCCCAGCUGAAGCUGGCAGAUUUUGGCUUUGCGCAGCACAUGUCACCCUGGGACGAGAAGCACGUCCUGCGGGGCUCUCCGCUCUACAUGGCCCCUGAGAUGGUGUGCCGCCAGCAGUACGACGCCCGGGUGGACCUGUGGUCGGUGGGCGUCAUCCUUUACGGUGGGCUUUGGCUUUUAUCCCCCCUCCCUCCACCUCGGGGCUUGGCUCGGGGCGGUUUCCCCCUCUCCAUCGCCCCCCACCGCUCCUUUUCUCCUCCCCCCUCCCCCUUUAGAAGCGCUUUUUGGGAGGCCACCCUUUGCCUCCCGCUCCUUUGCCGAGCUGGAGGAGAAGAUCCGCAGCAACCGGGCUGUCGAGAAUGCCGGGAUCUCUUAGGACAACUCUUGGAGAGGGACCCAUUGAAGCGCAUCUCCUUCGAGCGCUUCUUUGCUCACCCUUUUGUGGAUAUGGAGCACGUCCCCGGCCCCGAGAGCCUCUGCAAGGCGACCGACCUGGUGGUGGAGGCGGUGAAGAAGGACCAGGAGGGGGAUGCCCCCGCCGCCCUCUCCCUCUACUGCAAAGCCCUGGAGUAUUUUGUGCCAGCUCUGCACUAUGAAAGCGAUGCUCGCCGGAAAGAAGCCAUCCGGGUCAAGGUGAGGCAGUACAUCUCCCGAGCGGAGGAGCUGAAGGCGGUGGUCACCUCCAGCAGCAAGAACCUCCUGCAGCAAGGGAACUCAGCCAGAGAGAUCCUUAAAGAGAUGGCCAAGGACAAGCCUCGUCUCAUUGCCGCGCUGGAAAUGGCUUCUGCUGCCAUGGCCAAGGAGGAGGAAGGCAAAGAUGAUGGUGACACCCUGGAGCUGUACCAGCAGAGCCUGGGGGAGCUGCUGCUCCUCCUGGCCGCGGAGCCAGCGGGGAGGCGACGGGAGCUGCUCCACACCGAGAUCCAGACCCUGAUGGCCCGAGCCGAGUACCUGAAAGAUCAGAUGAAGAUGCGGGAGACACAGUCCAGGGGCAAGGAGGCACUGGCAGAGCCCAUACGGAGCAGUGAGUCCCCGUCUCUGUCCCCUCUUGUCCCUUGGGAGGGGGCUUGGCGAAAAGGGGGCCUGGGGAAAGCGUCCCCCCUUGUGGUUCCGCUCCUGUGGCGGGGGAUAUCCCUAUGGCGGGGGAUAUCCCUGCGGCUGCCAGAGCCGUGGGGAUAAUUCUUGCCCGUGGGUAAUCCGACCCCACGCGCCCUCCUGUCCCCCAACGUGGGGUGAUGCGGGCUUGGUGACAUGGUGUGCAGCCCAGUGAGUGCCCUCUGUCCAUGUCCCCCCCCGUCCCCGGCACAGCUUGUACGUUGCAGUGAUGCCCGGGAUGCUGCUGACCGCGGAGAGACGCUGUCGGUGGGGUGGAGGGAGGACGAUGCUUUCAUCCUGACCACCUCGGCAGGGGGUGGGGAGGGGGCUCACCCUUGGGCUCCCCUCCCCGGAGGGUUCCGUGGGUGGCUCCGUGGGGCCAUCUGCCCCCCUCCCUGGGCGCUGGCGUCGACUCAUUUCCCGACGAGCGGAGUCCCCUCCCAGCCCUGCCUCGACCGUCUGCUGCCGCAGCCUCCCCUGGCCGGGGCCGGUGGGUUAUUCCGUUAUUCCACUCUAAUUCCCUCCGCUGGCUGCGACGGGCUGGGUAUUUUUAUCUUGGCAGCGGGGCUGCGGCAGAAUAUCCCCCCUCUCCCCCCCCCCCCCGAAAUCCCAUAGUCUCCUGCCUUUCCAGCUGGAUCUUUCUUCCACCUCCCCAAUUCUUUGGGGGGAACCCACCAAACCCCCGCCGGUAGCUCCAGGCUGUUGGUGACAGCAGCGGGUGGGGGGGGGUCGGGGACGCUUGUGCCUGUGCCUUUCUCACCCAGCAACUACCUCUUGCCCCAGCCCCCAGCACCCAGUGGCACCCUCCCAGCCCGCCCUCCCGCUGCUCGGAGGCAUUGCCCAUCGAGGCUUUUGCUCCCCAAACCUGCCUUUGCCCCGGUCUGGCAGGUGCCGACCGCACACGUCAUUGGCGUGAUGAGGUGUGGCCGGUUCUCAGUGGGGAUCGGUCGCCUUCAGGGACAGUCACACGGCUGCAAAUGGCGAUACCUCCCCCAAGGCAGAGCCUGCUCUGCCCCUCAGGGCUCUGACAACCCCAAGAUCCAAAUUAUACUCCUGGGAGCCCCCGCCCCAAGCCCCCAGAGGUCACUUAGGUGGUGGUGAGGUCUGCCUGUCCUGCAAAGCUGGGGCCUUUUCUCCCCAUCUACUGUAUUUCAAGGGAAUGUAAUUUAUUGUCUUUAAUAAACACUCGGUUUUGU